AUGACGACCGAUCAACAAGUAGAGAACAGCUCAAUAUUGGAUCUUCAACAGGACGAUUAUUUUGCAAGGUAUGAUGAUGUAAUUAACACAGCAGCAGCAGCGGCAGUAUCGUUAGAUCCUUCUUUAUUCGCUUUGGCAGCUCAAGUUCAGGCUGUGGCACAUGCUCAUGCUCAAGGAAUAGAUAUCGACUUUAAUAUAGAUCCAACUUUUAUCGAUGUUGAUGAUAAUCUACUCAAUUUAAAUGGAAUAGGACUAGGAUCAGCAUCAGAAUUAGGAAAUCAGGUUAUUGAUCCAAGUUUAUUCGAAAUCGCUCAAGUCGUACAAGAUGUCAACAAUGGUAAAAUCAAAUUAGAUGAUCCAUCUUUAUUACCUGUACAAUCUCACACUCAGAAUCAAAAUCAAAAUCAAAAUCAAGCUCAUGUCGAUCAUAUCCAGAACCAUGAUGGGUUAACAGAAAAUCAACAAGGUGAUGGUUUACAUCUGGAUGUUGAGAUUGACCCGACAUUAAGAGAAAUUGUCAAUAGUUUGACUAACGCUCAACAGUCGUCCCAUGCUACUCAAGGCCUGUCACAAGCUCAAGCAGCUGCUGCUAUCGGAGCACAUUUGACAGAUGCAGAAGAAAGAGAAAGACUACAACAAAGCCUACAAACUACGUUGGAAGACCUGACGCAGGCCAGUUUCGGUUCACUUUUCCCCUCCAACUAUCCUCAAUCGCCUUCCUCGCACAACUUCCUUGACCUCGCUCCUGAUGCCCAAAAUCCCAAUGAUCCAUCGCACCCCAAUCACCAAUCACAGGCAGGACCGUCUUCGCAUCAUCACCUCACUUCAACGGCUCAAUCUGUUAACUCACCGAACCUGAGUGAAAGUCAUCGUUCUCAUGUUGAAUAUGGUAGCAAAAGAGGACGUGGUAGACCUAAAGGAUCAAAAAAUAAACAUAGAUCCAUACCAAUACCUAAACCGCCUAAACCAAAGCCCCCUGGACCACCUGCGAAACCAAAAGGUAGACCACCGAAAGAAAGAGAUCCAGAAGAACAAGCAGAUUACGAAUUGAGAAAACAAGAACGUGCUUUAGGUAUAAAAAGGAGAAAAGGCAGACCAAGAAAAUUCCCAGGUUACUUGGUAAGAGAGAUGAGAUUAAAGAAAAAUAGAGAAGAAUUCAAUGAGCUCUUGAAAGGGCAUCGAGAAAGACAAAGUUUCGAAGAUGAUGAGGAUGAUGAGGAUGAAGACGAUGAAGAUGACGAUGAUGACGAAGAUGACACAGAUGAAGAUGACGAAGAUGGUAAUCAGACUAUGAACGCAAAUCAACAUCAACAAUCCUUGGAAGGUAUAAUGAUGGAUGUUGAUGGUCUUCGUCAAGCCCUCUCUGAGAAUACUAAUUCUAACCCUCAUUCCAAUUCUAAUUUACAUCAUCAACAUACCGGUCAUAAUCAAGAUGUAGAAGAAGAUUUCGGUAAUUGGUCAGUACAAGAUGGACAAACAUUAUUAGAUGUCGUAGGGAUGGGAACUGGACCAAAUGGUAGUGAACACACAAUGGAAGGUGUAUUUGGUAUACGACAUGGAUGA